AUGAGAUGUCCCUGGUGGGUCUCCAGUUCUUUGUUGGGGAAGAGGUAGAAACACAGUGAGCGAGAGAGAGAGAGAGAGAGAGAGAGAGAGACAGAGACAGAGAUUAUACUAGGGGCAGAUAUAGUAUGACCCCAAAUGUUUUUGAUUCUCUGUUUCGUUCUGGCAAUUCAUUUCAAAAUACCAUAGAUCGUUAAAAUGUCCAGAGGGAAAUCAAUGGAUAAGAGUAGAUCUGACAGUCAGCCAUUGACUGGGCAUAACCGGGAACUUCUUCUUAUGCCAAGAACUGAUAAAAGGCAAGUCGGGAAGCACUCACAAGUGUGUUUUAGUUGGACGUAAUAUUUCAUGCAACUAUGAAAAUCUCUCUGGACGUAAUAGAAGAACCAGAUCUCUUUCACAUGGUCGGCCCUCCAAAGGUUGGAAUUUUAUAUGGGGAGACUAUUUCCUUGGUAGUAAAUUAUUGAGUCAAAUCAAUGAAGUAGCCAAAGAAGAACACUGUGUCUGAGCAGUCCAAACUCCUGUUGACGUUGAAUAAAUCCGAAGGCGAACUAGAACGUGUAUCAGCUUCGACCAAGUAGGGCCGAAGGUGUGGGGACAUCAGCCAUGUCCCCAACUUGGGGCAUCUGAGAUGGGCUUCAAGGGAGAGGCUCCACAGUGAGUUAGUUCUCUGAGGGCUAAUAUUUACUGCAACUCCCGCUUGAAGCCCUGACUAGCAUAGCGAUGACGUGAAUUACGUGUGGUUCUUGUCACAUGUUGGUUGCCUUGUUGCCUUGUACCAUGUCUCUGGCCAACCCGUGAGAGUAUCGCUUCAGUCAUCAGUAGGCAGUCUCGCCCUAUAUACACUGCUGGGUUAGUUGGGACGAUGAGAAAAGAGUAGACGGGGGACCUCGGGAGAACUCCGGUGGAGCAUUUACUCAGAUUUCAGAGUCCCAAGGCUACCUCUCUCCAUAUUUCUUAUCUUGUUCUUUUCUAGCAGGCCCUCAGACUUCACUCAUCGCUGCGGAAGCAGCCAGAAGAGGCAGUAACAAGAAAAGGGUAAAUUUUGAUCGAGGGGAGAAGAAAGGGAGGAAGGUAUAUGUUACCGUCACGGCGUCUUCUAUGCCUUCUCUACCGUCGCUUCUUAGCAGGGGAGCUGCCAUGGUCGCCAUGCCCACCAUCCUCCGUUUGCUCCUUCUCUCCAGCAUUAUCUUGUCUUCUUUCUUCACACCAGGUCACUUUGCAUGGAUUCUUGUUCUGUUCUCAUUCAUUAAGUUUGUCUCUCUACAGUCUUCAUCAUCUUUCUCUCAUUUUAAUCUUCUAGUUCAUUCCUGCCUAGGUUAUCUUCUUGCUUACCCGUCUUGUCGUUCAUGCUGUUUUCUUCUGGUUUCCUCCACUUUAGGCUAAUUCUUUUUCCUCUUCGUCAUCUCUCUGUUGUUCCUUUCUUCUGUUUCAUUUAUCUUUAACUGAUCGUUUUACGUCUUCAUUCUUCCUCUCUUUUAAACUUUUGCUAGUUUUUUUUUCCUGCUUAGGUUAUCGUUUUAGCUUCUCAUCUUCUCAUUCUUCCACUAGUUUCUGAUGCUUCUAUACCUUUAAACCCUGCAGCUUAUGGAGUUGAAGCCUCAAGUCUUCCUCUCACGGAAAAGGAAUCAAACCUACCCGAACCCAAGCAGGAGGAACCACAACCAGGGGUAACACUCUCUCUAAUCCAUGGUUCAGGCGAUCAACCUCGUGGUUCGUAAACCAGAAGCUGACCUUGACGCCUGCUAUUGUCCGCGUUAGGGUUUGAGCCGGGAGAAGGUCUGGACAUGGAGGUCAAAGAACGUCAGGAGGCUGAUGAUUGGGUCGACGGCUCCCACUUGUAGCUACAACGAGUGCAGGGGUUGUAGAUUCAGGUGCAGCGCCGAGCAAGUCCCCGUUGACGCAAAUGAUCCCAUCAACAGCGCUUACCAUUACAGGUGCGUCUGCCACAAGAGAGAAUAA